UUUGGUGGCCCAUUCACUCGAUAGCAGCGAAUUCGCUCGGUUCGGUUGGCUAGAAGGCGCGCGCUUUGUUUUAUUAUCCACAAUCGACAUUAUCAGCGGCAUUAUCGUUAGUGGCACUGUCUUCAGCCCACGCGCCCAUUCGUGAAUGCACUCGCAGUGGCCGCGCGAAUAACCGCCAGUGCGUCUUCAGGUCCAGCUCCAGCUCCAGCUCCAGUUCCAUCUAAAUCUGAAUCUAAAUCUGUAUCACAAUUUGAGUUUGAAUUUGAAUUUGAAUUUCGAGCGGCAUUCGUGAGUUUGUUUUGGAACCGCGCGCUCGUCGCUGUCGUCGGUCGUUCGGUCAACAGCAGCAGCAACAAUAAACCCAAUUGAAAUAAACAUAAAAAUAAUAAUAAUAAUAAUUGUAAUAACAAUAAGCAUAACAGUAAUCGUAACGCUAACGAGCCCUCGAUAGUGCCCCAGAAAUCCAAACAAGUGGAAGUGCCCGAGCAACUCGAAUGAGUGGAGCGCAAAGCAAGUGCAAUUGGAAUCGAAACUAAAGGAAACUUAGGCCGCCAACCAAAUCGCAACAAAGUAUACGAAACAUUUGUGAACAAAUACCUUAAAUUAGUUACUUAUUGUCUAGUACUAUGCCAGCGGAGAGUGCAAUAUUUAAAAUAGGAUAAUUCCAACCAAGUGCUACCCAAAAAAAAGUCAAAUCAAUCCGAACCGAAUUAGAUCGCAUCUAAGAAAAAUUUAAUACAAUAAAAAGAAAGUAACCUCGAUCCCGAUACCGAUACCGAUCCCACAGCAAGAGGAUCAUCUAGUUGAAGGAGCUGCCAGCAGCAGCAGCCCAACCGCCAAAAUUCUCACCGCCAGCAGCAACAUGAACUCGUACUUUGAGCAGGCCUCCGGCUUCUACGGCCAUCCGCACCAGGCCACGGGCAUGGCCAUGGGCUCCGGCGGACACCACGACCAGACGGCGAGCGCAGCAGCGGCCGCCUACCGGGGCUUUCCCCUCUCGCUGGGCAUGUCGCCGUACGCCAACCACCAUCUGCAGCGCACCACCCAGGACUCGCCCUACGACGCCAGCAUCACGGCCGCCUGCAACAAGAUAUACGGCGACGGGGCCAGCGCCUACAAGCAGGACUGCCUCAACAUCAAGGCGGACGCCGUCAACGGCUACAAGGACAUCUGGAACACGGGCGGCUCCAACGGCGGGGGCACAGGAGGCGGAGGGGGCGGCGGCGGUGCCGGUGGCAAUGCAUCCAACGGCUCGAACGCGGCCAACGCCGCCAACGGACAGAACAACGCAGCGGGCGGCAUGCCCGUUCGCCCAUCCGCCUGCACCCCCGACUCGCGAGUCGGCGGCUACUUGGACACAUCGGGCGGCAGCCCCGUCAGCCAUCGAGGCGGCAGCGCUGGGGGCAACGUAAGCGCCGGCGGUGGUGGCCAAAGCGGCCAGAGCGGCGCCCCAGGCGUGGGCGUCGGUGUGGGAGUGGGCGUGGGCGCCGGGGCGGGCACCGCCUGGAACGCAAACUGCACAAUCUCGGGCGCCGCGGCGGCCCAGACAGCGGCCGCCAGCAGCUUACACCAGGCCAGCAAUCACACAUUCUACCCCUGGAUGGCUAUCGCAGGUGAGUGCCCUGAAGAUCCGACCAAAAGUAAGAUAAGAUCUGAUUUAACACAAUACGGCGGCAUAUCAACAGACAUGGGUAAGAGAUACUCAGAAUCUCUUGCGGGCUCUCUUCUACCAGACUGGCUAGGUACAAAUGGUCUGCGAAGACGCGGCCGACAGACAUACACCCGCUACCAGACGCUUGAGCUGGAGAAGGAGUUCCACACGAAUCACUAUUUGACCCGCAGAAGGAGAAUCGAGAUGGCGCACGCCCUCUGUCUGACGGAGCGACAGAUCAAGAUCUGGUUCCAGAACAGGCGAAUGAAGUUGAAAAAGGAAAUACAGGCGAUCAAGGAGCUGAACGAGCAGGAGAAGCAGGCGCAGGCGCAAAAGGCUGCGGCGGCAGCAGCCGCGGCGGCGGCCGUCCAGGGCGGGCACUUAGACCAGAAUUAGGCGGAAUUACAAAAUACAAAUACAAAGCAACUCUAUAUUGUAACAAAAGAACUAUUUACUUAAAUGAAUAAUAUUUAAACAUUUCGAUGGUAAUGUGCGAAUACGAAACUAAACUAAAGGAAUUAUUUCAAGCGUUUGAGCAGCAACCGAAAAUACGUAAAACAAACCUACAAACUAAUUAAAUAGAGUAAGUAAAUAAAAGUAGUGGAAGAGCGCAACGCAGGCGGACUACUAACCUACUUAGAAGUAUAAAUUAAAAUUAAAAUAAACGAGAACGAGAACGAACACAACUUUAAUUUAGUUUCAAACACACAAAAAGUGGACAUUGAUUCGCGGCGUAAGACUAUGUUUAUGAUCUUUCCAAAUUCGAAGUGAGCCUGCCCGCCCACCCAUUUGUUGCUUACUGGUACGAUUAAAUUAUGUUUCGCAAAAAUACUCAAAAAAACUAUAAAA